UCUCCAUUUCAAAUCCACGCAAAGCUUCCCUCCGCCCCGCUCCCCCCCCCCCAAACCCUAGCUCCAAGAUCCCUCCCCCUUCGCGGGCGCGCCGCCGCGGCCUCCCGGAUGGACCCCGCGGGGCUGCGUGUGGCCUCGGAUCCCGCCGGAUCGGGCGCGUCGUCCCCGCCGCCGCCGCCGACGACGACCACGAAGGAAUUGGGUCGGGCGGUGGCUGCGGAGGCGUCGUGCGGGUCGCGGGCGGCGGUCGGAUUGGGAGAUAUGAGAGUGGGGAUUUCAGAUUCGUCAGAUCGAGCAAAAUCUUGUCUACAUCCAUGUGACAAGAAAGAUACACCUCAAGUUACUGCUGAAGUUGCAACAAGAAGUGAAGAUGGAGAGCCCUCAUUGCUUGAGACUGGUUCAUUUCUUCAGCCAGAGGCUGCCUGCCUCACCUUGGGCCGUUCUUCUGAUGCAGCAGAGGUGAACAAUUUGUGUGAUAAAGAAAACAUCAGGACAGACUUGCAACCUAAGCCUGAUGUAAGACAUGUAGAGAACAGAAUGAAUGGUGCACCUCUUGGAUUGGAUCUUAAUAUAGUAGAUUCUUCCAAUGCUGCAGAACUUAAUCCCUUCUUUCCUUACAAGAAGUUGGGGCAGACGAAAGUUAGUGAUCCGUCAGAGUGUGGUAGCACAACUGGGGCUGUAGGAGAGAGUGAGUCACACAGGAAGUGGAGAGAAAUGAAGCAGAAUGGGUUCCUUUCUUCAUCUCAAGGAACUGCAGUGGGUCCUAGGCCGCGCGGUCGACCCAUCAAAAGGAAAAGAGACGAUGAAUCCAAAAGGAACACUUUUGCUCAGAAGGAACAGACAAACAAGUUCAUGAAGGUUGCUGCUCCGAGUGGCCUAUUAUCUGGGCUAAACCCUGGAAUCAUUAACCAUGUGAGAAACAGCAAGCAAGUUUACUCCAUAAUAAAGGCUAUGGUGCACUCUGAGAAUCUUGAGAAAGAGAACCAGGCAGUUCAUGCUAGUCAAACAGGCGAAAGAGGGAGAGAAUUUAGUGAGAAGGCUCAGGACCAGAGAUAUGGGGGUAAUAUGAUGAAUUGCCACUUCUUGAUGAAAGGUAGCAACAUGCCGUUUCACCAAGGGUUGCCUACUGCUUCACAAUUCCUUCCAGAGGACGGUGAUGAUCUGAAACUGCAACUCUCAUCAGCAGUCACUAUGGCUUCAGACAGGACCUGCAGUACAUCAGCCGAUGAUUUUGCAUCUAAUCAUGAUUACAUGACUGUGUUAUCAGUAAAAGCGGCCAAUGUUGCUUCUCAGUGGUUGGAGCUACUACAGCAGGACAUCAGAGGGCGCCUUGCUGCUUUGAAGCGCAGCAAGAAGAGAGUCAGGAAUGCCCUUCAGACUGAACUGCCCUACCUAAUAUCAACAGAAUUUUCAUAUAACCAAGAGAACGAACCAUCCGUUGUACAUUCUUCUGAUGGUGGAUCUACUGGAAAAACAGUUCCAGAAGCGCAUGUGGCACGAUGGCGGUCUCUUUUUCUUCAGAUGGACAGAACACUUCAGGAGGAGGGGAUGCAUCUGGAGAAUCGGUUGAAGGAAGUGCAAGAAAUGCAAAUGAAUUGUGAGAAAGGGCUCAGAUACAUGGCUUGCGAGGCUCCAUUAGUAGGACCAAUGGCUGAAUUAUGGAAACUGAAGAACUCGGAGACUCCUGAGAGCGAGUGGGCAGUGCAAGCUGCUGCCGCUUCCAUCUACUCGACUUGCAACCUGGUCAUGAGAACCGAGAAUGUUUCUUGCUUCUGAUCUCUUCUCACAACUGGAAUUAGUUUCUUGCUUCUUCUUUUUUCUUUUCUUUUUCAUUUUACUGAUCUUUACCUCAGUCAGCGUUGUGUGUUAGGUUAUGUUUUUUUUUCUCUCUUUAUCUAUAGCCUGGCAAUGAUCUCAUGUUGAGUAAAUCUGCAGUGGUUUGUGCUGCACUGCUUCAUGUAACGUGAAAUACUCUGUAACGUCUGCUGUUUCCAACUUACAAUUUCACAGCCGCGUGAAAUAACAAAUUUAUUCCUGUAUA